AUGACCAACUACGGAGACACCUGGUCCACGACCUACGACACCGCAGGAACAGCCUACAAUCCUGCGGGCUCAACCUAUGAUACCCUGAGUUCAACCUACGACACAAGGGACUACGGCACACGGGACUAUGGCACAAGCGACUAUGGCGCAGUUGGCUACGGUACAAAUGCGACUGCCACAACUUACGAUACCAACACCGGCCGCGGCACCACAACUUACGACCCCCAGACUGGUGCCUACGACCAACACCUUGAUUACGACACCCCUACUGGCCGACGCCACCACCGCGAGCGAGUGAACGAUAGGGGCACCUAUCGACACCGCGACGUUGACCGAUUUGAUGACGGAUCCUCUCGUGUCCACAAGGAAUACGACAACCCCAACACUGGUACCAGCUACCACCGUGACUAUGAGCGGUAA